AUGAGUAAAACAUCGAAUGACUUGAAUUUUUCAUCUAUUAUAACUCAAGUAUCAAAAGAUGAUGAUAAAAAUCGAUCGAUGCCAUUAACGACUAGUGGAACUUCUCAAACGACAAAUGGAACUAAAACUCGUUCAACUCGAAAACGACGUAUUGCAUCUUUAUUACUUUGCUGUUUGGGUGGAUCUUGUCGACGUCGACAAAGCAAAACAGCAUAUUCUUCAUCAACCAACACUCCUGCAGAUCAUGAGUCAAAUGAAAAAUAUUUAUUACCAAUGUUACGUGAUAAUGAACAAAAAAAAAUAUGUUUAGUUAUUGAUCUUGAUGAAACACUCGUACAUUCAGUAUUUAGACCUGUACAUAAUGCAGAUUUUAUUGUUCCUGUUGAAAUUGAUGGACAAGUACAUCAAAUUUAUGUUACAAAAAGACCACAUGUUGAUGAAUUUUUACGUCGUGUUGGUGAAUUAUAUGAAUGUGUUUUAUUUACAGCUAGUUUAGCAAAAUAUGCUGAUCCCGUAGCUGAUUUACUUGAUUCACAAAAUAUAUUUCAUUCAAGACUCUUUCGUGAAUCUUGUACAUAUUAUAAUGGAAAUUAUAUAAAAGAUCUUAGUCGAUUAGGUCGAAAUAUACGAAAAGUAAUCAUUAUUGAUAAUUCACCAUUGUCUUAUUUAUUUCAUCAAGAUAAUGCCGUCCCUGUACACAGUUGGUUUGAUGAUAUGCACGAUACAGAAUUACUCACACUUAUCCCAAUAUUUGAACGUCUUGCAUCAGUUGAUGAUGUUAUACCUGCAUUACAGGAAAUUCAUCAACAACGAGCAAUUGUUUAG